ACAAAAUGCGGCUGCAAGGCUUUUGACAAAAACAAGAAAGUUUGAUCAUAUUACGCCUAUACUGGCUCACUUGCACUGGCUUCCUGUGCACUUAAGAUGCGACUUUAAGGUUUUACUACUUACGUAUAAAAUAUUACACGGUUUAGCUCCAGCCUAUCUCGCCGAUUGUAUUGUACCAUAUGUCCCGACAAGAAAUCUGCGUUCAAAGAACUCCGGCUUAUUAGUGAUUCCCAGAGCCAAAAAAAAGUCUGCGGGCUAUAGGGCGUUUUCUAUUCGGGCUCCAGUACUCUGGAAUGCCCUCCCGGUAACAGUUAGAGAUGCUACCUCAGUAGAAGCAUUUAAGUCCCAUCUUAAAACUCAUUUGUAUAAUCUAGCCUUUAAAUAGACCCCCCCUUUUUUAGACCAGUUGAUCUGCCGUUUCUUUUCUUCUCUCCUCUUCUCCCCUGUCCCUUGCGAGGGGGAGUCGCAUAGGUCCGGUGGCCAUGGAUGAAGUGCUGGCUGUCCAGAGCCGGGACCCCGGGUGGACCACUAGCCUGUGCAUCGGUUGGGGACAUCUCUGCGCUGCUGACCCGUCUCCGCUCGGGAUGGUUUCCUGUUGGCCCCGCUGUGGACUGGACUCCCGCUGAUGUGUUGGAUCCACUGUGGACUGGACUUUCACAAUGUUAUGUCAGACCCACUCGACAUCCGUUGCUUUCGGUCUCCCCUAGAGGGGGGGGGUUACCCACAUAUGCGGUCCUCUCCAAGGUUUCUCAUAGUCAUUCACCGACGUCCCACUGGGGCAGAGUUCUCGGAGAUCAACCUGGCCUCCUACGUGACCUCGGGCUGCAUGGUGGACUUGCAGGGCUGCAAGGCUGGCACCAAAGUGCUCAGGUCCGUCAAACCCGACUUUGUCCUGAUCCGCCAGCAUGCCUACUCCAUGAUCCCAGGAGAGGACUUCAGGAACCUGGUCAUCGGCUUGCAUUUUGGCGGCGUGCCGGGUGUCAACUCUCUCUUCUCCAUCUACAACUUCUGCAGCAAGCCUUGGGUGUUUUCUCAGAUGAUCAAGCUCUACCACGCCCUGGGCGCUGAGAAGUUCCCCCUGAACGAGCAGACCUUCCAUGCCAACCACAUGCAGAUGGUCACCAGCCCUUCCUAUCCGGUGGUGGUGAAGAUGGGUCAUGCGCACUCUGGCAUGGGCAAGAUCAAAGUUGAAAACCAGCAGGACUUCCAGGACAUCACCAGCGUGGUGGCGCUGGCCGGCACCUACGCCACGACCGAGCCCUACGUGCAGUCCAAGUACGACAUCCGCAUCCAGAAGAUCGGCAGCAACUACAAGGCCUACAUGCGGACUUCAAUUUCUGGGAACUGGAAGGCCAACACGGGGUCGGCCAUGUUGGAGCAGAUCGCCAUGACUGACAGAUACCGAGUGUGGGUGGACUCCUGUGCCGAGAUGUUCGGUGGUCUGGACGUGUGUGCGGUGAAGGCCGUGCACGGGAAAGAUGGCAAGGACUACAUCAUCGAGGUGAUGGACAGCUCCAUGCCUCUGAUUGGUGAGCACGUGGAGGAAGACAAGCAGCUGAUCACGGACUUAGUCCUCCAUAAGAUGGCCCAAGUGCUGCUGGGAGUUUCCUCACCGCCGCCAUCUUCAGUCAAGACCACACAGCCCAGACGAGGGGGAAACCGCUCAGGCUCCGCCUCCCCGUCCCAGUCGGCCCAAGGUUCUCCACAGCGAGCCCGCUCGGCCAACACGUCCCCCAGCCAGGCCUUCCAGCCCGGACCCCUGCCCGACGCCUCCGGGCCUGGAGCUCAGAAACAGUCCCCGCAACUCAACAAGUCGCAGUCGCUGACCAACACCUUCACGGAGACCCUGCGAGGCAACGUGACCGACGACGAGGCCAAAGCGGAGACCAUCCGCAGCCUCCGCCAGUCCUUCGCCAGCCUCUUCUCCGACUGAGACUCCGCCUCCUUUCUGCUUCCGCCGAGGAGUCUCCCGUCUUCAUCUUCCGGUUUCCUUCUGUCUUUCUUGUGCUAUCUGCUUCUCUUCAACCCCCAUUUAGCUUUCACUUUCUUUUCAACCAACUUUUCUGCGCCUGCACGGGUGUUCUGAGUGUAACAAUCACUUACUGUACGAUGUCUGCUCUCACCGGGAUCAAGUUCAUAGUGCGGCCUAACUUAAAGGGGAACUGUACAUUGUGGGGAAUUGUGUUUACCAUUUAAAAUCCUUACGGAAGACAACUUAUUUUUCAUGCAUUCUAAUCAUAAAUAAACACUAGCAGAAGUCAGCUAACAAAACCUCCACCACCCUUUUAUAAGUAUUAGGUAGUAUCUAGUAACAUUCAUAAUAACAUGUCAUAUUUACGUAUUUUGCUCAUUUUAAGCAUACGGCGCGUUCGCUUUUCCCUUCAACAACAACAACACUACUACUAACCAUGGCAGACUUGAUGAGAGACAACAAAGACUACUUUGGGACAAAUGAUGAUCCGGAAACUUCUAUUUUUGAGCCUGAAUAUAAGGAGGAGGAUGAUGACGCUAAACUGAUGCAGCUUUAGUCAAACACUAAACAUCACGUAGCAGUAUUGCUAAGUGCUAAACAAGAUAAACAAACAUAAUACAAAAAUCACUUACUGUACGACGUCUGCUCUCACCGGGAUAUAAAGUUCAAAGUGCGGCCUAACUUAAAGGAAAACUGUACGUUGUGGGGAAUUUUGUUUACCAUUUAAAAUCCUUACGGAAGACAACUUAUUUUUUAUGCAUUCUAACCAUAAAUAAACACUAGCAAAAGUCAGCUAAAAAAACAUCCAUCACCUUUUUUUAAGUAGUAUCUAGUAACAUUCGUAAUAACAUGUCAUAUUUACCUAUUUUGCUCAUUUUAAGCAUACGGCGCGUUUGCUUUUCCCUUCAACAACAACAACAAGACUACUAAUCAUGGCAGACUUGAUGAGAGACAACAAAGACUACUUUGGGACAAAUGAUGAUCCGGAAACUUCUGUUUUUGAGCCUGAAUAUAAGGAGGAGGAUGAUGACGCUAAACUGAUGCAGCUUUAGUCAAACACUAAGCAUCAUGUAGCAGUAUUGCUAAGUGCUAAACAAGAUAAACAAACAUAAUACAAAAAUCACUUACUGUACGAGGUCUGCUCUCACCGGGAUAAAGUUCAAAGUGCGGCCUAACUUAAAGGAAAACUGUACAUUGUGGGGAAUUUUGUUUACCAUUUAAAAUCCUUACGGAAGACAACUUAUUUUUUAUGCAUUCUAACCAUAAAUAAACACUAGCCAAAGUCAGCUAAAAAAACCUCCAUCACCCUAUUAUGAGUAUAUAAGUAGUAUCUAGUAACAUUCAUAAUAACAUGUGAUGUGUACGUAUUUUGCUCAUUUUAAGCAUGUGCUUAAAAUGAGCAAAAUACGUUCACUUUCCCUUCAACAACAACAACAAGACUACUAAUCAUGGCAGACUUGAUGAGAGACAACAAAGACUACUUUGGGACAAAUAAUGAUCCAGAAACUUCUGUUUUUGAGCCUGAAUAUAAGGAGGAUGACCUACAAGUUUUAAAAGCUGUGUGCAGCUUUAGUCAAACACUAAGCAUCACGUAGCAGUAUUGCUAAGUGCUAAACAAGAUAAACAAACAUAAUACAAAAAUCACUUACUGUACGACGUAUGCUCUCACCGGGAUCAAGUUCAAAGUGCGGCCUAACUUAAAGGAAAACUGUACGUUGUGGGGAAUUUUGUUUACCAUUUAAAAUCCUUACGGAAGACAACUUAUUUUUUUAUGCAUUCUAACCAUAAAUAAACACUAGCAAAAGUCAGCAAACAAAACAUCCAUCACCUUUUUUUAAGUAGUAUCUAGUAACAUUCAUAAUAACAUGUCAUAUUUACCUAUUUUGCUCAUUUUAAGCAUAUUUCCCUUCAACAACAACAACAAGACUACUAAUCAUGGCAGACUUGAUGAGAGACAACAAAGACUACUUUGGGACAAAUGAUGAUCCGGAAACUUCUGUUUUUGAGCCUGAAUAUAAGGAGGAUGACCUAUAAGUUUUAGAAGCUGUGUGCAGCUUUAGUCAAACACUAAGCAUCAUGUAGCAGUAUUGCUAAGUGCUAAACAAGGUAUACAAACAUGAUAAAAUAAUCACUUACUGUACAACGUCUGCUCUCAUCGGGAUAAAGUUCAAAGUGCGGCCUAACCUAAAGGGGAACUUCACAUGUGGGGAAUUUUGUUUACCAUUUAAAAUCCUUUACGGAAGACAACUUAUUUUUCAUGCAUUCUAACCAUAAAUAAACACUAGCAAAAGUCAGCUAACAAUUUUUUCAAGUAUAUAUGUAGUAUCUAGUAACAUUCAUAAUAACAUGUCAUUUACGUAUUUUGCUCAUUUUAAGCAUAUUUCCCUUCAACAACAACAACAACACUACUACUAAUCAUGGCAGACUUGAUGAGAGACAACAAAGACUACUUUGGGACAAAUAAUGAUCCGGAAACUUCUGUUUUUGAGCCUGAGUAUAAGGAGGAUGAUCUACAAGUUUUAGAAGCUGUGUGCUAAACAGAUGCAGCUUUAAUCAAACACUAAGCAUCAGGUAGCAGUAUUGCUAAGUGAUAAACUACGAACAUAAUAAAACAGUCACUUACUGUACAAUGUCUGCUCUCACUGGAAUACAAGUCCAGUACGUGCAGUUCAAUUUAUUUAAUUAUAUCGCACGUUUAAAAAAACAACCCCAGUUAGCCAAGACAUAGAAAAAAGGGGCACAUUUACAAUACAGUAGUAAAAUAUAACUUAAAAGAAUUGCAUAAUAUAUCACCUAAAAUACUAAAAUGCAAUAAAUAAAUAAAAAGGGUAAAAGAAGAAUAACAACCAAAAUAUUCAAAAAAAACAAAGACUGAUGGGAUGUUUAUAUCUUCCAGUUUGCAUGAGAAAAUAAUCACAAUGCUUAAAAAGGGUUAAAAAAAAUAAAAAUAUGAUGUCUUUUUUCGCCAUCUCCGGGUCUAAAUUGGCUGUCAAAGUUAACCAACUUGCGGGUUUAUGUCCACAACCUUCUACUAUCCAGGUGAUUUAUGAACGUAAAACUGUUUAUUUUGUUGACCACUGACCGAAGAAAUAAUUAACUAACUCAAACUAAAGAUUUGUGAUUGAGAAUGAACUUUCACCAACGCCGAGGCCAUGCAGCAGCUCAACAUGUCAACGUAGCAGCAUUAGCUCGUUGGCUAAAAAAUAGUUCGUCUGCGUUAGCACUUAUAAUAACAAUAUUGCUACUACAUGUAAAUGGAGUAUUUUAGAGGGCUUUACGUGCCAAACCGUGUACUCCGAUUAGCCACCUCGUACUUGCCAUAUUUUACGAUUUAGAAUGCAUAAAAAAAUAAAAAAACAUAUGUGUUCUUGUCUUACGUAAGGAUUGUGAAUUAUGGGCAUAAUUCCCCCCAAAAAGUGCAGUUCCCCUUUAAGUAUGAAACCUGAGGAAAAAGGAUCAGGGCCACAUUGAGGAUAUGACAUAAUAAUAAAUGUUGCAAUAUAUUUAUAUAUUAUGUUUAUAUCAUAUAUUUCACAGUUGAGCAUGUCUUGAUCCACACUGCAAAGUUUAAAGGGGACCUAUGGGGAUUGUUUAAAUGUUGUUACAAUGUUGGAUACUUGUGGUAAAAAAAUUAAAUAGAUAUAAAUGGAAAUAGUAAUAUAAUAAACAAAAUUAAGUAUUGAUGUGAUAUAAUCUUGGCAUGUGGCUAAUAACACCCACCUUGCAACAUAAAAGCACGUGUGCAGGUGUCUCCAGUGUUGUGGCCGGGUGAAUCUAGAGUACACAAUCUUUAGGAAGUUUAUUUUCAACCGCGUGUGGACUUCAAGAUAAAUAUUAUAUUUAAAGUGUGGACUUCAAGAUAAAUAUUAUAUUUAAAGUGUGGACUUCAAGAUAAAUAUUAUAUUUAAAGUGUGGACUUCAAGAUAAAUAUUAUAUUUAAAGUGUGGACUUCAAGAUAAAUAUUAUAUUUCAAGUGUGUGCAUUGUCAAAGAU